AUCAUACGUGAUUAAGGCUUUUUUUUUUUAAGUGCAGAGAUCGUUUACACACUCAUGUCUAAUUCAAAAAGGCCAUCGCAACAAAGUUCUUUAUUAUCAUUUUUCAGUAAAAAACCUUCUGUAUCAACGAAUGGAAGUACAGCUCAAGAAGCUACCACAUCGAUUCCGAUAACAGAAAAAAAGCCAACAGAAGAGCCUACCAAAACACUAGCUGUCAAAGAACGAUCAUCAACGCAUUCUAAGAAAGAUAUAGAAGAAAAUGAAAUGGAUGUUGAUCAAUCAAGUGAUGAGGAUGAAAUCCCAAUAAUGUCAUCAUUGGGACGUACACGUAAAAGAGUAAAUUACAAAGAGUCUGACAACAGUGAUGUAGAAGAUUCACCAGAAAGUAAACCUACAGGAAAAAAGAAAAGGCUUGUUCGUAGAAUUGCUGACGAUGAUAGUGAUGAUGAUUUUAAACCUACAAAGGAAGAUAAUGUCGUCGAUGAAGAUGAGGAUGAAUUUAUGGACGACAUUCCAGAAGAGGAUAUUAUACAGGCAGAAAAGAAUAUCCUUAAAAAACCACCAAUGACACCUUUAGCUGAAAAAUUCAAACAUAUCUCUGUUGAAUCACCUUCAAGAAAUAUCAAAAGAACACCAUUUGUAAAUGCAUUUUCUAGAAUAACAUCUAAAUCUGAAAAAAGCCAGGAUAGAAUGCAAAAAUUUAAAGAGAAAAAUGAAGAAAGAUAUUAUUGGUUACAAGAUAUAAAAGAUGUAGAUGGUAAUCGUAUUGGUACGGCAGAGUAUGAUCCUAGAACAUUAUAUAUUCCCAAAUCUGCUUGGGACAAGUUUACCCCUUUCGAAAGACAAUAUUGGGAAGUGAAGCAUAAACAUUGGGAUACAGUUGUCUUUUUCAAAAAGGGAAAAUUUUAUGAGCUUUAUGAAAAGGACGCAGAUAUUGGUCAUACGCAAUUUGAUUUAAAAAUGACAGAUAGAGUUAAUAUGCGAAUGGUUGGUGUACCUGAAAUGUCAUUUGAUUACUGGGCUGCACAAUUUAUUGCAAAGGGUUAUAAAGUAGCUAAAGUGGAUCAAAUGGAGACAGCUAUUGGUAAAUCAAUGCGUGAAAAGAGUGAUGGCAAGACCAGUAAAGCAGAUAAAGUGAUUCGCCGUGAAUUAACUUCAGUCUUAACAGCCGGUACUCUGGUUGAUGCUGGUUUACUUACAAAUGAAUUAGGUACCUAUUGUAUGUCUAUUAAAGAACAGUGCGAUAUGGAUGAUAAAAUUCCUCCCAAGUUUGGUAUUUGCUUUGUUGAUACCUCAACCGCAGAAUUUAAUCUUGUUCAUUUUGAAGAUGAUAUUCAUCGUACUAAAUUUGAAACCCUUAUUAUGCAAAUUAAACCUCGCGAACUAGUAACCGAAAAAGGUGGCCUUUCUAAAGCUACGACUCGUAUGUUGAAAUCUAUUUUAAAUGAACCUCUUUGGAAUAAAUUACAGCCUGAAACUGAGUUUUGGGAUGCCCGUAUUACAGAAGAUGAAAUUAAUAUUAAUGGAUAUUUUGAUAUAAAAGAGAGUAAUGAACAUCUGACUAUUGCAAUGAAAGAAGCUCGACAGGACCCUUUACUCAUGUCUGCUUUUGGUGGCUUAAUUUGGUAUCUUCGUACUCUUAAAUUAGAUAAAGAAUUAUUAUCAGCUAAAAAUAUUCUAAUGUAUGAUCCAAUCCGACAAAGUACAUCUUUAGUACUUGACGGUCAAACAUUAGCUAAUCUUGAAAUCUUUCAAAACUCAUCUGAUGGUAGUACUGAUGGUACUGUUUUUAAGUUAUUAGCAAACAGUAUUACGCCUUUUGGUAAACGAUUGUUUAAACAAUGGUUAUGUCAUCCUUUACGCCGUAUUGAAGAAAUUAAUGCUCGUCUGGAUGCUGUUGAAGAUUUGAUGCGUUUAAGAGGAUUGCAUGAUACUAUAUCAAAAGAAAUGGCAUCUAUACCCGAUUUAGAGCGUCUUAUAUCUCGUAUUCAUUCAGGAAGGAUUAGAGUAAAGGAGUUCUUAGCUGCUCUACAAGGUUUUAAGACUACAGGAGAAAUCAUUCGUACAAUGACCGAAAAUCGUUCCCAGUAUACAUCAGCAUUACUGGGUAGAUUGAUUGAUCAGUUUCCUCAAAUAGGUGAAAAAUUAGACAGUAUAUUGAAGUCGUUUAUUAUAGCAGAGGUUGAUAUUGACUAUGGAAAGUCAAGAACAAUAAUACCUAACAGUGGUAUGAACAAUGAAUGGGAUACUAUUAAUCAACAAAUUAAAGAUAUGGAAGAAGAGUUUAAUCGUCAUUUAUUUAAAGUCAAGAAACAAUUAAAAUGCUCUACUAUUACAUAUAAAGAUCUUGGUAAGGAUAUUUAUCAACUUGAAGUGCCUAAAAACAUUUCUGUACCACGUGAUUGGGAUCAACUUUCCACUACUAGUAAAGUAUCGCGCUAUUGGGAUAGUACAAUCAAACGUAUGGUGAUAGAAUAUAAAGAACUUUUAGAAACUAAAAAUGCAUUUGUGAAAAAGUUUGUGUUACAAGUGUAUGCUUCAUUUGAUGAAUCGUAUGACAUGUGGUUAAAUGCUGUUCAAAGUAUUGCACAGUUGGAUGCAUUAAUGGGCUUAGCAAAAGGAUCUUUGAAUAUGGGAGAACCUGCUUGUAGACCUAUUCUUUUGGAUCAAGAAAAAAGUGUUAUUGAAUUUGAAGAACUUCGUCAUCCAUGCGUGGUGCCAGGCGUUGCUACAGACUUUAUCCCAAAUGAUGUCGGUUUAGGUGGUGAUCAAGCAAGUGUUAUUGUUUUAACUGGUCCUAAUAUGGGUGGUAAGUCUACGCUAUUAAGACAAACAUGUGUAGCCAUUAUUCUCGCGCAAUUAGGAGGUUAUGUUCCUGCUCGCUCCUGUAGAUUGACGCCAUGUGAUCGAAUCUAUACCCGUAUAGGCGCAAAUGAUAAUAUCAUGGCAGGACAGUCAACGUUUAUGGUUGAAUUAGCAGAGACAUCAAAGAUUUUGAAAGAAGCCACUUCACGUUCAAUGGUCAUUUUAGAUGAGCUUGGAAGAGGAACAUCUACCUAUGACGGAUAUGCAAUUGCUUAUUCAGUUUUACAUCAUCUUUCAACACACAUUGGAUGUCUGGGUAUGUUUGCAACUCACUAUCAUACAUUAUGUAAAGAAUUUGAAAGGAAUCCAGAAAUUAAUAAUAUGCACAUGAGCUACAUGGUAGGCGAAGAUAAUCAUAGUAUUACAUUUUUGUACAAGUUAACACCCGGUAUAUGUGAGAAAUCCUUUGGUAUGAAUGUAGCUAUGAUGGCAGGUAUACCUAUGUCUAUUGUAGAAAGAGCUACUGAAAUAGCUGAAGAAACAGAGAAGGUGCAUCAUUCGAAAGAUACCACUUAUGCCAAUAUAAAGGAUGAUAAUGUAAAUAUUACUCCUGCUAUUAUUGCUGAUUUACAAUAUAUCUGGUCCAACAAAAGAGAAAAGUUACCUACCCAGCGUAUUCUUUCCAGUUUCCAAAACAUACAUGUGUAACCAAGAUAUUUAUUGUACAUAUUUCGAAAGCAUUUAUUAUAGAUAAUAAAACUGUUUCUUUUUUCUUUAUAUACUAUAGUUUUUUUUUUAAUGUAUAG